AUGGAACCUACGGCAUUACGGUCAACUAUCAUGUCCGUUUGUCUCACAAUUGGGACGCCCUUGCUGGUCUAUUUCGGCAUUUUGGGAGCCCUCAUCGUCCGACCAUCCUUACAGGCCCAUGCGAUAUAUCUUCAUAAAGUCACCUUGACCUGGUUCAAAGACCUCAACGUACCAGAACAGUUCGGCUUUGCCCAUAAUCAGGUUACACCAUUCUACAUCCCGACACCUGAUGGCGAGAAGCUGCACUCAUGGCACAUUUUGCCCCUGGCAGCCUACAUCGACAAUCAACCCGAGCUUCUAGUGCAAGGGAGUGGAUUGGUGGACAGUUUCGAAGAAACGCUCAAUUUCAAGCUCCUGAAAAAUAAUCCGAAUGCUCGCCUCGUACUUUAUUUCCACGGCACAAGUGGCACGAUGGCCAGUGGGUGGCGGCCGGAUAGCUAUCGUUCCAUUUAUGCUGCCGACCCUGUCAACACCCAUAUACUAGCCUUUGACUAUCGGGGCUACGGCAAAUCAAGUGGCGAGCCCUCUGAAUCUGGAAUCAUCCAGGAUGCCCUUACAAUUGCGGCCUGGGCCAUGGAGGUGGCCGGGAUCCCUCCGGAGCGUAUUGUUAUAUAUGGCCAGAGCCUCGGCUCCGCGGUCUCGAUUGCUCUGGUCCACGCAUUGGUUAAAAGAGAACAGAAGACCCAUUUUGCUGGUCUUGUAGUCACCGCAACCUUCUCCGAUAUCGCCCAACUGACAGCUACGUAUCGAAUUGGAGGUGUUAUUCCUGUGCUCUCCCCUGUCGCCAAGGUUGGUCCGCUGUUCGAGUACUUCACAAGUCGCUUGACUAGUACAUGGGACAACCAGAAACGACUGGGCGAAAUUAUUGAAUUGGCUGAAAACUUUGAUAUCACUUUGUUGCAUGCCGAGGAUGACACAGAUAUCCCGAUAGAUCACUCACAUCGCCUGUUUCGACAUCUGAUUAGUGUCGUGGAGGAGGCUGAGAUCUAUUCAGGUGUUGAUGCAAAUGAGAACCUAACGGAGAGAUUGAAGAGCAGAAGGGAAUCUCGGGGUGAAGGAGGAUCGGUUCUUGAAUGGCCAACAAGCAAAGGGACCAUUCGAUUCGUCACACUGAAGUAUGGCGUUCAUGAUAAGAUCAUGUCGUACCCUGCUACGAGCAUUGCUAUCAGCAAAGCGUUUAGUUCCCCUUGA